AUGGGGUCUUUGGAAGCCGCAUCUAGGCACAGAGACCCUUUACCUGCCAUCGGUUUCCUCGGUAAGGACGGUUCAGGGUAUUCCAAGCACGCUGCUUCGCCGACCCCUCUACUCAGCCCGAGCAAUAUGUACUCCGGACAACCGCUACCGUACGCCUAUGCGUCGCACGCGACCAACACACCUUCACAAUCCGGCUAUGUGUCGCCAUCAGAGUCGCGCCGGACCCUCGAGGAUGAAAAGGAUAAAGCCACCCCGCGACAGUCCCUCCCAUCCAUCCACGAGGCCCUGGGCAACGACCCUUCCCUCCCAUACCCCGCCCCUACCUCUGCUCCUCAAUCACAACCCGGACACACCGCACCACCUUCACAUUUAAUCGGGCGCCCCGGCGCGGAAGGUCCAGCAGGACCUCCGAAUCCAUUCUCCGCCAAUGCACCACCCGCCGCAUCGCUGAUGCGGGAACCAGCCUACCCUCAUCAAUCCCAGCUCCAGGCCGAUGCCUCGCGCAACAGCCUCACCUCCAUCAACACACAAGAGUCACGCAACGCGUCUCUCAACUCCCUCAGUACGGGCAAGUCACCGACGCAGAGCGCCAAAACUGGCAUCACCUCGGUUUCCGGCUCUCAGAACUCCUCCCAUUACGAUUAUAGCGCGCCUCCUUCUGCUGGCAGUGUCGCCUCCCCUAACGGCUACAACCAUUUCCCAUCAAACUACAACUUUCCUCCCUCUCAACCGGCUGGCCCGUCCUACCCCCAAGCUCCUUACGAUAGUCGAUACAUGGGUGCGCCACGCGUGGAUGAAGUCAAGGGUGGGUUCGUGGCUCGUCCGAUACCGGGCCAGCCUCACAGCGACUCGGUAAAGCGACAUUUGGAUGUCUACGAUGUGGAGACGUCACUUAACGAGAUCGCCGAGAUGAGCACACGAACAUUGGAUUUUUCACGACAUUAUGCUGCACGGGCACACCAAACGCAACGGUCUGGACCGGUCAUGGGGUCUCUCCCAUCACUGAACGAGGUGGAGGACAUGCUCCAUAUGCAGCGUCGGAACCAAGAUGCGUUGAUCCGGAUACGGACGGCGGUCGUGAACCAGGAAGCGGCAUUGGCGGAGCAAAUGGCCCAACGAAAGGCUUACAAGCCCGAGGACGAGCAUAUGGCUCUGUACCAAGAAGACUACAAGGGCACGGGUGGGUUUGCCGGGGCAGAUGCGAAGAAACGGCGUGGAAAGGCGGCCCCUCCUGGUCGUUGCCACAGCUGUAACCGAGCCGAAACACCAGAAUGGCGUCGGGGUCCAGAUGGUGCCCGAACGCUGUGUAACGCAUGUGGCCUACACUACGCCAAGCUCACUCGCAAGAUGGGCGCCAACAAGGCGGCGACCCUGGGUUCCAACCUGAAGCCCAAGAGUGUGCUUGACUCCGCAUCCCCUACCAGUCAUUAA